UCGUUCGACAGAUUUUGAAGUACAUCGUAAUUGGCUCGCUAUUACUCAUAGUCUCCCGGUAUCUGAAUGGUAUUACGAGAGUAGAAGUGAGUGGACACUAGAUUAUCCACCAUUUUUUGCUUGGUUCGAAUGGUUCUUAUCGCAAUCCGCGUCAUUAUGGGAUAAAAACAUGCUUAAUGUGGAUAACCUUAAUUACGCAAGUGAUGAAACUAUUUACUUUCAACUCUCUAAGCAGUUAGGAUGGGGAUUAGAUAAUACAGUAACUUCAUCUGUUACCAGAGGAUUAGUUGGUGAUGUAAAUUUUGCUGUAUUGCCACAAAUUCCAGCAAAAACAACUUUCAUUAUUACUAUGGUCCUUCAAAUA